AUGCCUGUCCUCCCCCAUCUCUCCCGGCGCGCCGCCGACGCCAUCCACGCAAUCGCCUCACAAGACACUCGCGUCCUCGACUCACGGCAACUCCUCCACCACGCCCGCGAUCUCUUCAAGCGCAUACCUCUGCCGACAUUAAUACAGAAGCGCAACAACAACAGCAACGUCUGUCGCGCUGGCUACAUAGCAGGCUGCUACCAGUUCGGCGGCGCAGCCCCCGGUGCCGUCGCUGGCAUCACUCUCGGCGCCAUUGCAGGGUUCCUACUCGUACUAUGGUUACUCUGGGUGCUCUCGAAUGGCACCUCGUUCAUCCGGACUUCGAAUUUGCAAGAAGAGGAGGUGGUGGUGCGGCAUCGACAUUCUCGAAGUCCCGGGAGGAGUAGGAGGAGUCACAGAAGUACCUACCAAGCGGAGAUGAGGCACUCGAGUCCGCGGAGAGAAAGAGUGGUGAGGCAAGAGCGGAUAGUGAGGGAUGUGCCGCAGCACUCAAGACCGGACAGCAGUCGGGUGAGGGAGACGAUCAUUGUAGACGAGGCGCGGCCGGAGCGGCGAGUGGAUGGGGAUGAUAUUGUGGAGGUGAUCGAGGAGCACUCGUCGGUUGCAGGCGCGCCGCCACCCAGAAGAAAAAACAGACGGAGUUCGGGGUAUCGGUGA